GAGCCUUUGAGCUCGGCACAUUUUAUAUAGAGCUCAGUGGAUGCAGCAGCGCCGAGUGGAUUUUGGCUCGCGGAAGUGACGCCUGGAUUAAGGGAUAAAUCGAGUCGGUGAUCUGUUCCAUCCCCAGAAAGAUACGGAUUUAAUCCGGAGUGAAUUCCAACUCUUGUAGAUAACACGCUUUUCCUACCACAGGACGGAGUGGUGAAGUUAAUUGAUCUGUGUUGUGAAUGACCUUCCGUCCACAAAGAGGGGAGUGUGUGUGUGUGUGUGUGUGUGAGAACACUGGGUGAAGUUCAGGAGCACCACACAUCCUAUUUCGUUUCUAAAACCUUUGUAACGUUAUCUGCUUUAAAUUAUCAGUGUAGUGGGAUCAACCACCAGCAGUUCGUGUCCGUGAUAUCGUCUUGCAAACGUUAUUAUUGAGCGAGUUAGCUACAGAGACAUGGCGUGUCUUCUCUCUUCUCACCUAAACACGACACUGAGGACUACUCUUAUCUGCUCAGCUCGAACUGCAAAUCAUCGACCAUACAGCAGUCAAUAUGAUGGAACAGAAUAUUUACACAAAAGCAUUGUUCCCAGUAUGCACUACCAGAAAAGUUUGCCGAGAUUGCCAGUUCCAAAGCUGGAGGACACAAUGAGGAGAUAUUUGGCAGCUCAGAAACCCCUGUUAAAUGAGGAACAGUACAGUAAAACGGAUAAACUGGCUCAUGAAUUCCAGAAUGGUGUUGGAAAGAUGCUACAAGAGGAGCUUGUGGCUCAAGACAAAAAGAACAAGCACACGAGCUAUAUUUCAGCCCCAUGGUUUGAUAUGUACCUAUCUGCCCGUGAAUCUGUGGUCUUGAACUUUAAUCCUUUCAUGUCAUUCAACCCUGACCCCAAACCUGAAAACAAUAACCAGCUUGUUCGGUCUGCUAACAUGGUGUGUUCUAUUGUUCGGUUUAUGAAGACCCUGCGUGCUGGUCUCCUUGAACCAGAGGUGUUCCACCUAAACCCUGCCAAGAGCAACACUGAUACCUUUAAAAAGUUAAUCCGAUGGGUGCCUUCCUCCAUCUCGUGGUUUGGAGCCUACAUGGUGAAUGCCUAUCCACUGGAUAUGUCUCAGUACUUCAGUCUCUUCAACUCUACACGGAUCCCCAAACCCAAGCGGGAUGAGCUGUUCACUGACCAGAAAGGUCGCCAUGUACUUGUCAUGCGAAGAGGAAAUAUGUAUGUAUUUGAUGCACUGGAUAGGAAUGGUAAUCUGGUGAAACCUGCAGAAAUCCUGUCACACCUCAAAUACAUUCUUGCAGACAUGACACCAGCUCCUGCGUUUCCUCUGGGUGUUCUGACAAGUGAGAACCGGGAUGUCUGGGCUGGACUAAGGGAGAAACUUCUACAGGCAGGGAAUGGUGAGGCUCUAGGUAUAGUGGACAGUGCACUGUUCUGCCUGUGUCUUGAUGAUGAGGAAAUGCGUGAUCAUAUACACAUCUCCCACAGUAUGCUUCAUGGGGACGGCUGUAACCGAUGGUAUGACAAGUCAUUUAGUAUCAUCCUGGCCAAAGAUGGACAAGCAGCCAUCAAUUUUGAGCACUCCUGGGGUGAUGGCGUAGCUGUCCUCCGUUUACAAAAUGAAGUCUUCAAAGACACCACGGAGAAACCACAGAUCAGUCCUGACACCCAGCCUGCUGCUAUAGAUUCAUCCUCUGCUGUGCGGAGGCUGGAAUUCAAGCUAAACCCUGAACUGGAACAAGGAAUAAGAAAAGCUAAAGAGAACUUCCAGGCUGCUAUCUCGAAGCUUACCAUUGAUGCCAUGGAGUUCAAGCAAGGGGGAAAAGAGCAGCUGAAGAAGAAGAAGCUGAGCCCUGAUGCCAUUGCACAGCUGGCUUUCCAGAUGGGAUUCCUGCGGCAGUAUGGGCAGACCGUAGCUACAUACGAGUCCUGCAGCACUGCAGCUUUCAAACAUGGCCGCACCGAGACCAUCCGGCCUGCCAGUGUUCACACACAGCGCUGUGCCCAAGCCUUUGUUCAACAGCCUACUCAGCACAGUGUGGAGCAGCUCAUGGGUCUGCUGCAUGCCUGCUCCAAAUACCAUGGGCAACUCACAAAGGAGGCAGCCAUGGGACAAGGAUUUGACCGGCAUCUUUUUGCCUUGCGCUACCUGGCAAAUUCUAAAGGAAUGUCUAUACCAAGUCUGUACCAGGACCCAGCUUAUGCAGCUAUAAACCACAACAUCCUGUCCACCAGUACACUCACUAGCCCUGCUGUCAGUUUGGGUGGCUUUGCCCCCGUGGUCCCAGAUGGUUUUGGGGUAGGCUAUGGUGUCCAUGAUGAUUGGAUAGGUUGCAAUGUUUCCAGCUACCCUGCCAGAAAUGUCCAUGAAUUUCUCAGAUGCGUUCACAAGUCUCUGGAGGACAUUUUUACUGUUGUUGAAGGAAAACCAAUUAAAUCCAACUAAGUGUAGUUCAGGAGAACAAGUUCUGAGGAAUCAUCAAAAAGGACUAAUUUUAGUGUUUUGAGGGGAAUAUUAUCAAUAUAUAGUUCUUUGUCUGCAAUUGUUUGAGUGCAUCAGUUACUCUGGACUUUUAAUUCUGCCCAAGAACUUGACAAACAUUUUAAUUUGUACAGGACAAACAAAGGUUCACUUUUUUGGGGGGUGGGGGGGGUGUAAUACACCAAGUCUGUAGCUAAAAUACAGAUCAGAAUUCCAACUUCUUUCAAGUUCACACGAAUUAAAAUUGCAGUGUGCAAAGAAUUGUGAAUUUGGUUUAAAAUCCCUCAAAAUGGAUCUUGGUAUAGCCUGUUGUAAAUAUUUUACUUUGACCCAGUAAACUUUUUUUUUUUUAA